CAUUUCAAACUUCUCUAAGUCAUUUUGAAGAGCUUCUCCAAGAUCUUCAUCAACUCCAACCCCUCUCAAGACCCUUUUCAGCUACAACCUCUUCUCCUACCUCCACAAUUCAAGUUUUGAAGAGAGAAUAUAUUCUCUCUUGCCCACCUUGUUGGUGGAAGGCUCCCUUGUGGAGUGUCAUUACCGCAUUGCUAACACACUUUUCGUCAUACAGCUCGAGGAAGCUGGAACCCCGACGCCAGACAUUGAGGAUUUUCCACCUCAGAUGAAGGUACUGGCGGAUGAAUUUAAGGAGGUUUUUGAGUCUAUUCCAGAUGGCCUCCCUCCUGACCGCGCCGUGGGCCACACCAUCCCUGUGGAGCCUGGAAAGCUCCCACCGUUUCGACCUCUGUAUCGCCUCAGUCCAGCUGAGUACAAGGAGGCUAAACAACAGAUUGAGGAGUACCUCAGGAAGGGAUGGAUUGAGCCAAGCGCAUCACUAUAUGAAGCACCAAUCUUGUUCGUUAACAAGAAGGGUGGUGGCUUACGCAUGUGCGUCGACUACCGCGCCUUAAACAACAUCACGAUCAAGAACAGAUAUCCUCUUCCAAGGAUAGAAGACCUGUUCGAUCGACUCCAGGGUGCUCAGUGGUUUAGCGCGUUGGAUCUGGCACAAGGGUACCACCAACUGCGCUUCACUGAGGAAGAUGUUCCAAAGACGGUGUUCCGUUCGCCGUUUGGCCAUUUUCAAUGGCGCGUGCUGAGCUUUGGCUUGACCAAUGCUCCGGCCUCUUUUCAGAGGGCCAUGAACGAUGUGUUUCGCGAAGCUAUCGGACACUUCGUUCUGGUUUACCUCGACAAUAUCUUGGUUUAUUCCAAGACUGAAGAGGAGCACACUCAACGCCUAAAAUGGGUGCUAGGGAAGUUGCGAGAACACAAGUUCUAUGCUCGUUUAUGGAAAUGCCAUUUCUACAAACGCGAGCUGGAAUACCUCGGUCAUCUUGUCGGGAACAACAGACUUAAAGUCGACCCCAAGAAGGUGGUGGCUGUUCAGAAUUGGCCCGUCCCACAGGACGUGGGUCAGAUCAGGUCCUUCCUAGGCCUGGCCAAUUAUUUCCGCCGGUUCUUGGAAAAUUACUCGACUGUCGUUGCCCCUCUAACAGCACUCACCCGAAAGGGUACUGCAUGGGAGUGGACUCGACAAUGCCAAGAGGCAUUUGACAAAGUCAAAAACAAAGCUGACCAAUGCUCCGAUUUUGACGCCUCGACAGUAGGGAUUGGGGCGGUACUCUUGCAGGAGGGCCGUCCUGUGGCAUUUGAGAGUAGGAAACUCUCCUCGGCAGAGCAGCGCUAUACGACGUCAGAACAAGAGUUGCUGGCGGUCUUGCAUGCGCUGCGAACAUGGCGAUGUUAUCUGGAAGGUGUGGAGUUUGUGGUCACGAUAGACCACUGUCCGAACACCUAUUUCUCUACUCAAGCCACGCUCACUCGGUGCCAAGCCCGCUGGGCAGAACUCCUUAGUGGGUUCACAUUCAAUAUUCGAUAUCGUGCAGGUUCUACAAACAUGGCUGACCCCCUCAGCAGACAACCGAUAGGGGCAGCGACUGGGCUUGAUGAAACCGAGGAUAAGGCAAUCGUGGUACCCCACGUGGGUAACCUGCGGAAUGAUAUAAUUGAGGAAGUGCAUAGCACCAAGUACGGGGGACACAUGGGUAUCAAGAAAACCCGGUGGGCCUUAAGUGAUGUGUACUGGUGGCCUGGAUUGGGGACUGAGGUCCAACAAUUCGUGUCGCGUUGUGAUGCAUGCGCACGCAACAAGCCAGACACAAAAAAGCCUGGUGGUUUGCUUCAACCACUGGAGAUUCCAGACGAACCUUGGGAGAGUGUCUCACUGGAUUUCAUCACAGACCUCCCAAAAACACGUGACGGUCAUACUGCGAUCUUGGUCUUUGUGGAUCGAUUGACCAAAAUGGUGCACUUUGUGGCUACUACAACAGACGUAUCUGCGUAAGAUACGGCCAAGUUGUUUGUAGCAC